AAAAGUGUCAGCACUGUGUAGGUAGUUCGUGAGAGAGCUUUGUAAAGCCUUAUUCUCAGGAACACGUCAACAUGAUGGUGCAGUUAUUGUUUUUGUUUGGCGUGCUUUCUUUAAGUUUCGUGCUAAUUUUUACGUCCAAAUCAGAAUAUGAUUGACAAAUUUUUGCCUAAAAAUGACUCCACAGCGAUGACAAACUACUUUCAAAAAGGAUGAUAAAAAUAUAGAAAAUUAAUAAUCAUUGUGGUUUUUAAACGGAUAAAGUGUCACGAGUAAUGAGCUCGAUGUGCCGCGCAGUUUCUGAUUGCUCUAACUCAGCGACGGAAGGCGUUCAUGGUGGAGUAUUUCGAGAAGUGCGAGAACAAAGAUUAUCCGUGGGAGGCUACCAACUUUUCCUUCGUCCGCGAUGACACGUCACUUCACAUGAACGGCUGGGUACUUGUGAACAGGGAUAUCCGAGACCCCAUUUCGUUGCAGAUCAAGAUGGAUAGAUGCAAAGAUAGGACAGAUCUAAGCUCUUGUGAACACGUGACGAGUAUUAAAUGGCCAGACCUCUGCGGUGCAGUGAAGCUUAUCCCUAAUUUUAGGAUUUUUUUUGACGCUUUGGAACCUCCCUUGUCUUGUCCAGUUAAGAAGAGACAGCAGAUAAGACAAGAAAAGGAAAGAGCAGCCGUGGGUGGAAGUGAAGAGGGAGAAUUGAGGAAAUUUAGCAGGGAGCACUUCAUCUCGUCUCAGACGAACGUCUGCGCUGCUCACAUUAACCCUCCGAGGCGGUGGUGCGGGCGAUACGCAGGUGGGAGAAUAGAAAACAGAAAAAAAUCUAACGGCCCUUUCCACUUGACCUAUAUAUAAUCAUAACAGAUGGAAGAGAAAUGACGUCAUUACGAAGAAGCUCACCUCAAUCAUCCCCACGUAACAAAGCACGGCCCUUGUCUUGUAAGAAAUUUUCUCCUCCCCUCUUUCAACCCUUCCUCUUAAAUACGGAACGGGGAGGGGGCGGCGAAAAAGUACCUGUUUGGCAUUUAUUAUGAUUUUAAUAAAUAAUAACAUUUUUUCCCGAGGCUGGGUACAAAGCGCACCCUGCGAAUGAGAAUAUUUAUCAUUUCAGCGUUCCUCGUACGGGAUGAAAAAUGACACCCCGAACCCAGCGACCGCAAUACGCGGUGCCCUACUUGUCUUUUCAUUAUUUCUGCAUGCAUUCCGAUGAUUUUCUCCCGCAUCCCUUAUUUCAUGCUCAGUUCUCAUGAGCGGGGUGGAGGCGACCCCAGUGGCUUUGACUGUUAAAUUUGAACUUCAAAAAAAGUAAGGGAAAUGGUUAAAAUAUACGAGAUAUAUAUUUGUAUGAGAUAGGAAACGUUUUUUGUCCUAUUUUAAAUAGAAUUCAUCCGAGAUUUAUACGUUGAAAAAUGUUUUUCGACAUCUUAAUUUUGUUCAAUUCUAAUUGGACCGCGUUUAACAGAAAGGAACCA